UCCUGGUUCUGCCUCAGCAUAAAUGGGAAUUAGGUCGUUGGAAAACCUGUCAAGAGUGGCACUGUUUCUCUUAGUGUUGUGUUUUCAGGGAAUUUAUGGGAUUAGAUUUGUGAUAGAGAGAGAAGAGUGUUUGUCUCACAAUGUUCAUUUGGAAGGUGAUACUAUUCAUGUCUCCUUUGUUGUUAUCAAAUCUGACACUCCCUGGCAUUCUGCUAAUGAGGGUGCUGUCGAUCUUCUGAUUAAGGGGCCUACUGGAGAGCAGAUUCACAACUUCCCCGACAAGACUAGUGAAAAGCAUGAGUUUGUAGCUCACAGAAAAGGCGUUUACCAGUUUUGCUUUACAAAUAAAUCACCUUAUCAUGAAACCUUGGAUUUCGACGUGCAUGUUGUCCAUUAUACAUACUUUGAUCAGCAUGCAAAGGAUGAGCACUUUGAUCCAUUGCUGGAACAGAUAUCAAAGUUAGAAGCAGCUCUGUACAACAUACAGUUUGAACAGCAUUGGCUUGAAGCACAAACUGACCGCCAGGCAUUAGUGAAUGAAGGUAUGAGCCAAAGAGCAAUCACCAAAGCCAUCCUUGAAUCAGUUACCCUUGUUGGUGUCAGCUUUCUUCAGGUCUUCCUCCUCCAACGCCUUUUUGAAAAGAAGGUUCGGACUAUUAGAGUUUAGACUUGCAUUCCUGGAGCUAGCAUUCAGACAUGGGCGGAACUUCACUCCUUUUUAGGAGAGCAAAAAAGAAUCAAGUCCCAUGUACUUUCACAGUUGGUCAGUUAAAUAAACCGCAUUUACGAACUUUCCAGCCCAUAAGCAGCAGGCAACUUGGAUUCUUCAUCAGCUUGUGUGGUGGAGCAGGGAGUUUUUUACUGACUGCUAAUACUGGAAGUUCUUGGUUACAAGAUUUACUAGUUUCAUAUACAAGUCACGCGUGUCACAUGUAUUAAACUAUCACAAAUCACAAUUUCCUUCAUUUUUAGUUGUUCUCUCAUAGCAAUAUUCCUGUGGCAUAGUACCAUUAUCUUUGAUAGGUUGUAUUUGAU